AUCUAUGCAACAGCUGUGCUGUGUAGACGUUCAUAGAAUCAAGUAAUCAAAACAACAUUAUAAUCAAUUUUUCAAGGUCGUAGGUGGCCGUUGUGAUACAUCCUGAAUGAGGUAAAAUGUGUGGUUUCAUGGAAAGUGAUUCGCUUUGAAGAAAUUUAUGUUGCCAUAUUUGUGCGUUGACUCUUAACAGUUAUGUGAUUAUCUAUAUAUUGAGCGUCAUGUCGAACUUAGGGAAUAACCCCUUUUCAGGGCUGUUUUCUUCUGUAAAUGAAGCUGCAGAAUUUGCUGUAUGUCAGUCUGGUGUUCGUACCGACGACACGUGCGGUGUUUCAACAAUAGAAAAUUAUUCAAGUGAGCGAACUAAUGAAGAAUGGCAAAAUAAUGAGAGGAUAAACGAAUUGCUUGAAAAUGUUUUUCGCUUUACUUUAAAUAAAAGUACUACUACUCGAAACGUAGUGUUCUUAGAUGAAGUGACAUGUGCUGACCCAAAACUUCUCUCAGACAUCGAUGUUUUAGGGCAAGCUUUGUUUGAAAGGCUUCUGUUGGAAGAACCCUCCACCCAUGUAAUUAAUAAAGAUGAUAAAGAAUUCACGUCAUCUUUGAGCUACACAGUAGAGAGAAAUGCUAUUUCAUACUUGUAUGAAUGUUUUAAGAGUUUUUGGGAGACACUUAGUUCCAAUAACAUAGAAAAUUUUGAUACCAUUGGAACCAAAAUUAAGGAAUUGAUCUUUAGGAAUGUGGCAACAGCUUUGAAGCAACCAGAGUUGUUUGAAGACCAAGACGUUUACACUCAAUUACUAGAUGUGUUCAGUGAAGAAAUGUAUGAUUUUGCUUUGUUGAAACUUUUUAUUAAUGGGACUGUACAAGAAAUUGUAGCAGGGGAAGAAGAUGAAACUAAUGUUCAAGAAACUUUAAAUACAUCAUUUUAUAAAACCCUAGAUGCUAUCCAUAUGCAUGUUUCAAAGAGCACAUUAUUUAGUGUCAACAUGAAGUUCUUAGAAUUCUUACAGAUUUUUUCAAGUAAUCAAUAUCUCUCUUUAGUGCUUAUAGACCAUAGUACACCACAAAUUAAAUCACUUGGUCGUACUUACGCAAACACACUUAUAGGCUCAUUUUUGAACCUUUCUUGCCUACCAGGGAAUGCUGAUGGCCAGUACUUAUAUUAUGAUGACCCCCUUCUUCAGGCAACCAGUACCACCGACUGGAAUGUCUGGACAGCCGUGGGUAGUAUCAAUGAAGGAUUGUGUAAAAUUUUCCACAACAUGCUAAAGUGCUCGCCGGAGGCAAAGAGCCGGACAGUGAGGUGGUUUCGAGACUGCCUGCAGGCAAACACGGGUCGCGGGAAGCUGUGGUCCGCCCACAGCGUGGACCUGACGAGCGUGUCGGAAGGCUUCAUGCUGAACCUGAGUGCCGUCCUGCUGCGGCUGUGCCGGCCCUUCUGCUCCGACCCGGAGAAGUACCUGCGCAUCGACCCCACCUACUGCUCCGUGGAGGAGCACGGACUGGCCUCGGAGACGUGCUUGAUUCCCGCGGAGGAAGGUGUGCAGCGGCCGGCGGCCGGGUCCUUCAACUUCAUCACCGAGUGUUUCUUCCUGGCGCACAGGGCUCUGGACCUCAGCUUCCGCGUGACCCUGGACCACCUGAUGAGGAUAAACCAGGAGCUGGCGCAGAUACAGCGGUCCCUGGCGGACGCCCAGAGCCAGGUGGCCCCUGACGGGCUGGACUUAUUGCAAGCCAUGCACGCCCGUAUGAAGGAGAAAAUGACCAGGUACCUGUCGCUGCGGGGGGCGCUGAUGGAGCCCACCGCGAUGGAGGGCAUGGUGUGCCUCCACGUCGCCACCGCCGUGUGGCUGGUCCAGGUGGCCCUCGACGAGGACUCCUGCCGCAGCCAGGGGCCGUCCUACUUCCCGGGACGCAUGCGGGACGUGGUGUUCCCCCUCCCGGACACCGCUGCCCCGACACUAGCAUGUGUCCCGGAGUUCCUGGUGGAGAACCUGGCCGUGUUCCUGGGAUUCGCGCGACGGUUCAGCCCGCGCAUCUUCGAGGGGCAGGGCGCCUCGCUGAUGGACCCCUCGGUCACGCUGGCGCUGGUGUUCAUGGGCUCCCCGCAGAGGGCUCGCAACCCCCACCUGCGGGCCCGCCUCGCCGAGUGCCUCGAGUCUCUGCUGCCUCGCGAGGACGACCAGCGGCCAGCCCUGGGCCCCGGUUCCCAGGACCGCUUCCGGCACCACCCGCACCGCAACCAGAUUGUACGCACCCUGCUGGAGGUUUUUGUGGGGAUAGAAAUGACGGGGCAAAGUGUGGCAUUCGAGCAGAAAUUCAACUACCGGCGCCCCAUGUACAUUGUGAUGGACUAUUUGUGGCAGAUUGAGGAACACCGUCAGUGUUUCAAGCAGCUGGCGGAAGAUGCGGAGGCGAACAUGGAAGCUGUCAACCCUCCCAUCUUCCUUCGCUUCAUCAACCUUCUGAUGAACGAUGCUGUGUUUCUCCUGGACGAGUCCCUCUCAAACAUGGCACAGCUGCGGACUAUGCAGACAGCGAGGGAUACAGGCGAAUGGCAGCGCCUGUCGGCCCAAGAGCGGUCACAGAACGAGUCUCACUUCAUCCACACCGGCAUGAUCGCGAGGUUUGACAACAUCUUGGGCAGAGAGACGAUCCAUACACUGGAAUUCUUAACGUCUGAGAUCACCUCUAUUUUUUGUCACCCAACGAUGGUGGAUCGCAUAGCGUCUAUGCUUAACUACUUCCUCUAUCACUUGGUUGGCCCAAAAAAGAAGAAUUUUAAGGUGAAGGACCAGAAGGAGUAUGACUUUGACCCAGCUAACACAGUCCUGAACAUUUGCAAGAUUUACGUCCACCUGUACAGCAGUGAAGCCUUUUGCAUCGCGGUGUCCCAGGAUGGUCGUUCAUACAGCCCGCAGUUGUUCACCCUUGCUGAGGAUGUCUUGGUGCGGAUAGGAGGCGUGGGGCUGGUGCCCGACCUGCAGGCGGUGGCGGAGAAGGUGGCCCUGCUGUCCACCCAGCAGCAGGAAGACGACGACAUCCUCUCCGAGGCCCCGGAGGAGUUCCUCGACCCCAUCAUGUCGACCCUGAUGACGGACCCCGUCGUGCUGCCGUCGUCCCGCGCCACCGUCGACCGCUCCACCAUCGCGCGCCACCUGCUCAGCGACCAGACGGACCCGUUCAACCGCUCCCCACUCACCAUGGACAUGCUGCGGCCCGACGCGGACCUGCGCGAGCGGAUCCGAGAGUGGGUGGCCGAGCGCAGGCGAGCGCGACAUUCCAGCUGAGGUCGCAGGCCGUGACUGCUCCGCGUGUCACGUGUACAAAAUGUAUUAUUGUAAAGAUAUUUACCGUUUGUAAAGAAAUUUUAAUUCA